CCGCCUUCUGGCGUCGGUGGCGCUGUUGAAUGGAGAAAGCUUUAUUGUUCCCCUCCGGCAGCAGGAGUGUUCGUGUCUUCUAUGGCGCUGUCAAUAAAGAACGGCAGUUUGAAUCGGUGCUGAACAGGCUGAUUCCCACAAGGUGGACUCUAGAGGAAGAGAAGUCCUAAGGACAGAGUGGAUGCGAUGGAGCUCCCCAACUACAGCCGGCAGCUGCUGCAGCAGCUCUACACACUGUGCAAGGAGCAGCAGUUCUGUGACUGCACCAUCUCCAUUGGCUCCAUUUACUUCAGGGCUCACAAGCUGGUCCUGGCCGCUGCCAGCCUCCUGUUCAAAACCCUGCUGGACAACACAGACACCAUCUCCAUUGAUGCCUCUGUGGUGAGCCCCGAGGAGUUUGCCCUCUUGUUAGAAAUGAUGUACACAGGCAAACUACCUGUGGGCAAGCACAACUUCUCCAAAAUCAUCUCUUUAGCCGACAGCCUACAGAUGUUUGAUGUGGCUGUUAGCUGUAAAAAUCUUCUGACCAGCCUCGUAAACUGCUCCGUUCAGGGUCAGGUGGUGAGAGAUGUCUCUGUGCCAUCCCCAGAGUCAUUCAGGAAGGAACCUGAGAAGCCUCAAGUAGAAAUCCUUUCCUCUGAGGGUGCUGGAGAGCCCCGUGUUCUCCCUGAGGGUUCUGCCCCUCCAGGGGGCCCCGUGAAAGCCGAGACAGAGGAGGCAGCCCAGAUGGCUGCACAAGAGCUGCAUGUGGAGCCUCCCACUGCCCAGGAGGUGCCAAGGAGCACAGAAGCGCCUGCAGAGACUCCCAGUGCAGCGGAGGUUUGCUCCCCUUCCCCUGUGGUACAAACCUUUAGUGAGGCCACAGAGGCAAGCCCAGAACCAGAGUAUGAGAGGAAACACUACCGGCUGGAUUUUCUUUUGGAAAAUGAAAGUAUCUUCUCAGACGCACUCUCCAGUACCCAGGAUGUUUUAAAAAGACUAGAGGAAUGUUCAGAAAUUAAAGGUCCACAGAAGGUGACCAUGAUGGAAUGCCUUGAGGCUGAAGAAGGACCCUCAGCAUUCCAGAGAAUACUGGGUAAAGUAAGAGAUGAGAGCGUGGAUGUUCAGAAUGUUGUGUCCCUAUUGAGACUGUACCAAGAUUCUAAUCCUGCAGUGAAAACAGUACUGUUGGGCAAAAAGCCAGAAGAUGUAGCAGCAGUGCAGCCAAAAGGGAGCACAGAGGAGGGAAAGACCUUGUCUGUUCUGUUACUAGAACACAAAGACGACCUGAUACGGUGUGUAACACAGCUGAGACCUAUCAUGGAGUUCCUGGAAACCGCCAGGGAAGAAUUCCUGACUGGCACUGAGAAGAGGGUGAUUCUGAAUUGCUGUGAGGAUAGAACAGCCAAGGAGACAAUGGAAAAUUUGUUGCACAGAGUGACUAAAGAGAAGACCCUCCUGACUGCUGAGAGUUUGGUAAAACUUCUUCAGGUUGUGAAGAUGACAUUCCCAAAUUUGUGCCUUCUGUUGGAGAAUUUGCAGAAAUUAGCCACUUCGCCAAGUACCACAGUCCAACCAAGCACUGAUGAUUAUGGGACUGAGCUAUUGAGACGGUAUCACGAAAACCUCUCUGAGAUUUUCACAGACAACCAGAUGUUGCUAAAAGUGAUCUCACAUGCGAAGAGUUUAGCCCCGGGAGAAAGAGAGGUCAUGGAGAAGCUUGUGAAACAUGACUCUGGCUCAGGAGGUUUCAGUUCUCUGAUCUCAGCAGUUCUGGAAAAGCAGACUCUCUCUGCAACAGCUGUUUGGCAACUGCUGCUGGUGGCUCAGGAGACAAAGACCUGCCCACUGAACUUGCUCAUGGAGGAAAUCCAGAGGGAGCCUGGUGCUGAUGCUUUCUUCCAGGCAGUGACCACACCAGAAAGUGCUGCCUUAGAAACAAUCCUGAGGCAUAGGAGAUUAGUCAUAGAGGCCAUCCAACAAAAGAUUGACCUGAAGUACUUUACCUCAGAGGAAGAGCACCUGGCAGAGACUGUGAAAGAGAUUCUGAGUGUUUCCUCAGAGACAGCCAGCCCUGAAGCUUCCCUGAGAGCAGUGCUGAGCAGAGCCAUGGAAAAAUCGGUCUCAGCUGUUGAAAUCUGUCACCUCCUGUGCAGCAUCUACAAAUUGUUUCCAGGCCUGCAGCCUGUAAUGCAGGAGUUAGCAUACGUUGGUUUCCUUACUAAGGAAGGUGGGCAGAAGGAAAUGUGGAAGGUGAGUAAUAAAUUUCACCUUGAAGCCAACGAUAAAGCAGAUGAAAAGGCAGCUGAGCCAGCUGAAGAAGAUUGCCAGGCUGGAAAACUGAACGAUGAGGGAGAGACAAGUUCUCUGCCGGAACAAGAGAAGGAUGCUUCUGCCUCCCCAGACUCUGCCAAGAAGAACUUCGUCUGUAAGGCCUGUGACAAAAGCUUCCAUUUCUACUGCCGCCUAAAGGUGCACAUGAAGCGCUGCCGUGUGGCCAAGAGCAAGCAGGUGCAGUGUAAGGACUGCAGCGAGACCAAGGAAUCUAGGAAAGAGCUGGAGAAACAUCAGCUGGAGGCCCACGGUGCAGGUGGAGAGCCUGAUGUCCCCAAGAAAAAGAAGAAGAGGCUUCCAGUGACGUGUGAUCUCUGUGGCAGAGAAUUUGCUCAUGCCUCAGGCAUGCAGUACCACAAACUGACAGAACACUUUGAUGAGAAGCCUUUCUCCUGUGAAGAGUGUGGGGCAAAGUUUGCAGCCAAUUCUACCUUGAAGAACCACCUUCGCCUUCACACUGGGGACCGCCCCUUCAUGUGCAAGCACUGCCUCAUGACCUUCACCCAGGCCUCCGCCCUGGCCUACCACACCAAGAAGAAGCACUCAGAAGGGAAAAUGUACGCUUGCCAGUACUGCGAUGCUGUGUUUGCCCAGUCCAUCGAGCUGUCCCGCCAUGUGAGGACCCACACCGGGGAUAAGCCGUAUGUCUGCAGGGACUGUGGCAAGGGCUUCCGACAAGCCAAUGGCCUCUCCAUCCACCUGCACACCUUUCACAACAUAGAAGAUCCCUAUGAUUGCAAGAAAUGCAGGAUGAGUUUCCCCACUCUGCAGGACCACCGGAAGCACAUCCACGAGGUGCACUCCAAGGAGUACCACCCCUGCCCCACAUGUGGAAAGAUCUUUAGCGCCCCUUCCAUGCUGGAGCGGCACAUGGUGACCCAUGUUGGCGGGAAGCCCUUUAGCUGUGGGAUCUGCAACAAGGCCUACCAGCAAUUGUCUGGUUUGUGGUACCACAAUCGGACCCACCACCCUGACGUAUUUGCUGCACAGAACCAUCGAUCUUCCAAGUUCUCCUCACUCCAGUGCAGCUCCUGUGACAAAACCUUUCCCAACACCAUGGAACACAAGAAGCACAUCAAAGCAGAGCAUGCAGAUGUAAAGUUCCAUGAAUGUGACAAAUGUAAGGAGCUCUUCCCCACGCCGGCUUUGCUGCAGGUGCAUGUCAAGUGCCAGCAUUCAGGGUCGCAGCCAUUCAGGUGCUUGUACUGCGCAGCCACCUUCCGCUUCCCUGGGGCACUGCAGCACCAUGUCACCACGGAGCACUUCAAGCAGUCGGAGAGCACCUUCCCCUGUGAGCUCUGUGGGGAGCUCUUCACCUCCCAGACCCAGCUUGACAGUCACUUGGAAUCUGAACACCCAAAGGUGGUGGGCACCGAAACCCAAGCAACAGCCUCACAGGUGGUGCAGGUGAUCCAAACCCCAGAGCCGGCGGCCCCAGCAGAACAAGUGAUAACUUUAGAGGAGACCCAGCUUGCUGGGUCCCAGGUGUUUGUGACGUUGCCAGAUUCCCAGACAUCUCAGACCAGCUCUGAGCUUGUGGCGGUGACUGUGGAGGAUUUACUGGAUGGUACCGUGACCCUGAUCUGUGGUGAGGCAAAGUGAGUGGCUGCCCACCCACUGGAGGUGUCCUGGAAUGCACCAGAGAGCACUCUGCAGGUUGUUCUUUGCCCUCCUUCCCGGGCUGUCCUCAGUGGUGAGCAUCUUUGCCUAGCACCGACCAGAAUGGCCUUACUUGGAAAAUAGACAGAAGUGUCAACAGGCCUGCUGCUUUGGUCUCUGUGUCGUUGUCUUUCCCCAAAUGAUGUAUCAAAAUGUAGGCUGGAAGAGCGGUGGGAUAGGAGCUCGUGACCAAGGCAGCCAGAGAGUACAGUGUGCUGGCAGCCCUCGGAGUGCAGGAUGGCAGUCAAGCCUGGGACUGUGAACUGCAGCGCAGGGCUGCAAACACUGCUGGUGCCUUCUGGCCGUUUAAAAACGAGAGAAGAACCGGCAGACCCUCCAAGAACCCAGCCUUGAGCACACUUGGCCCUUCCUCACUUCUCUAAUCCUCCAUCUGCAUGGGUUCCCACUUCAUCCAGUCUCUGUGCCCAGCACCCCUGCAGUGGUGAUGGGACAGGUAGCAACAUGUUAACAAUACAAGAAGCCCACAUUUCCAUGCCUAAUCCCACCACGUCAGUACAGUGGACCCUUCCCAGAGCAAGGCCUUGGGAGUGUUUUUACUGGAAGUGUUUAAUACGAGGCCACCCAGCUGCACGUACAGUCUUUGCCUUUCCAGGAUGUUCUUCACAGUGAGGCUCGUUCCCACAGGUAAAACUGCCUGACUGGGAAGAAUUGCUCCCUUCCCUUGGAGCAUUUAAUGUAGCUACUGACCUCGUGCCCCGACAGGUGAUUCUGUCUGCCUAUGGAGUAGCGGCAUGAUGGCCCCAAGCUCCUGCUCUGCCAUGGGCUUCCCGGCCUGUGAGGGGCCUGCUGCUGUGGUUCUUGCAGGCCACAACUGUGACUGCCGGUCAGUGAUCCUUGGGAGUCUGAACUUCACAAAGCCUUUUAUCUUUAAUUCCUAAAAUAUAAUCUGAUAAUUAAUGGCUUAUGGGAUCCAUUAUGAAGUGCAAUUAGAUGGAUGUAGGCUCCUGCUAUUUGAGGGAAUGACUAGCAUUUAUCUUCCUUUCCUUGAUGCCAAAAGGUUGAAGUUUGCUAGUGCGAUGUUUACACACCAAGCGGGAAUCCCUGUCACAUUGUUGGCUUGACCAGGUGGUAGUGCCCAAUUUAAUCACGAACCCUUGAGCCACACACUAGCCAGAGAAAAGUCUACCCUUUCUCCCCAAGGACAUCCCAAAUGGCCACGUACAAGCAGGUGAGGCUUGGCUUGGGCUCUGGUCGGAGCUUUGAUUGCUGCCACACAGUCAGCUUGCACACUGCUGUCAGAGGAGGCAGUGGAGCCUGACACUGAGCAGGCUGCUUGCCGGCGGCCACCACUUCUGUGCAGGCAGCCCUGGACCCAGCAACCUCAGCGAGGUCCUCAGGCCAGCGAGCCUCAGCCAGCUGCUCCUGCCUCCAGUGGUGACCUCAUUCUGAUAUGCAAAUAGCUUAAGCCUGUCAGCACUGGGAUCUUCCCAUUCCAAAGCAAAUGAAAUUUUCUAGGGAGAAUCAGCCUCAAAAGCUGAAAACUGACCAGAAGAUGGUGCUCAAACCUUUAGGACUUUGCCUCCACAUGAAGACCUCACCGGUUCUGCCUAGGCUGUCUCUGUCUUCUUCAGGUUUUUUCAGUCUUGUGAGCUGUCAGACCAGGAGAGCUCUUGAUCGGCAAGUGACAAAAGGGGACUGAAUCUCCUUUUGGCACCAAAUAAAACCUACUAAAAGACAGUGAAGCAGCACAUGCUUAAAGCGCCUUCAUGCCAAGCCCAGCAGAUAAGAACACCGGUACGCAUAAGCCAUAGGACAGUAGCUGGGAACUGCAGUGAGUGUCACUAAAACGUCUUCCACCCAAAAUAAAUAAAUAAAAAUUAAUUGCUGAGGGGCUGUAAGGGAAAGUGAUUUUUAAAAGCCUUCUGAAUGAAGAAAGCUGUACAUUUUAAACCAAAGUUUCAGAUCUCAAGCAAGGAGAAACCCUUUUCAGGUUUCUGAGAGAGACCCAGACUGUGGAAGGACACUUGUUUUCUUCAGAAUUUGCAGGCUUGGCAGUUUGCUGUGCAGAGAGCGAAUGGGAAAGCUGGGCUUGCUGCUGGGACAGUCCCAGUAGGAAGCACAAACCCAGGGCUGGUUUGCUGGUUGUCGGCAACAGUGAGGUAGGGUCCAUCCUGAAUUUAAUCUGUGCUCUGAAUGAGCCUCUUGAAGCAGCUACAUUUGCUGACUGUGAUUUUGCAAUGUUUGCUCCCCAGAGAAGCCCAAGAAUGAAUUUUGUUAUAGGAAGACUUUUUCCAACUCUACUUGGCCCUUUUAUUCUUUUCUCCCAUUUCUGCUCAUGAGACUUUCUGAAUUGCUGCCACCAAGGGCACUGUUAACGUUAUUCCACCUCAUUUGCUUUCACUGUGGCAGUGGUGUUCUGUUUGCCUCAUUCCCACAAGGUACUGUCCUCGUGGCCUCUGGGCUGAACAUGGAUGUUUGCUGUGGUAUGGAGGAGUCUGUGGGCUUCUGGGGGAACCUGUAGAUUUGAUUCACUGGAACACGAAACCUCUGCUCCCAUAGCUCAUCAACCAGCUGGUGAGGAGGGAAAGGCAGUCAGAUUCCAAGCCGGAGUCUAACUCCAGGGGGAAUGAUGGGAUCAAUUAUGGAACAGGAUUUACCUAUCACAGGUAAGUGAGAUCGUACACAAAUGGUUCAAGAGCAAGGAUUAGCACAGGAAGAUGAGACUCCUACUGUCUCAGUCCAUGAGCAGGACCUGAGACCAGAGGGGCCUCAAGGAGGCCGAGACAAAGGGCUUUAUUCAUUUAUUUAAAAAAGCCUGUCUCCUGUGUCUCAGAAGCUCUAUGUUUGGAAAAUUUUGAGCCCAGCAAGUCUGCAGUGUGAACACUGGGUUCCUGAGAUGAUCAGGUCUCUCUGAGGAAGCUUGCUGGCUUGCCGUACCACCUUCCCCCUGACCCGGGAAAGUGCCACGCACCCGCAUCUCAGAGAAGAGCUCUGGUAGUCAGGGGCUGAGGGCUGAAAUGGGGUCGGGGCAGACAGAUGGCAAAUGGGGAGGCAAAGCGUGUCCUCUCCACAUGGUCUAAAUCAGGUAUAAUCCCAGGAGCAAGGAGGAAGAUAAGAUGGGGCUGUUGAUGUUGUCUUCACCACAAGCUGAGGACAUGCUAAUGGGAGUGGAGGGGUAUGCCUUUGAAUUUAGUCUUUAGCAACUAUUUUUCUGAGAGCCAUGGACUGGCUAAGGAAUGGAGGGAACAGCUAGCCUUACACACGGUAGACGGAUGGUUCUAGGGAGAAAGGCAGUGUUUCUAUCGGAUUGAGGCUGGAAAGUUGAACAGUGACUUUAAUCAACCCUCCCAAAGGAAGAAUUCGGCAGUCCCAGCCCUUGUGUGCUUGGCUCAGUACAUCCCAAGGAUACAUGGGAAGAAGAUAGAAAAUGGGAAUAAAAAAAAAA